GUGAAAUGCAUGUGUGGCAGCCAUGGAUCUGUAGGACUCACAAGUCCCAAGUACUUUCUCUUCCCGUUCUCGGAGUCAGCAUAUUCUCCAAAGAUCUUCUCUCAACUCAAAUCUCCCUCUUUCUCUCGCGCCCACACUCUCAGGGGACUCAUCAGUUUCCAUUCUCCUCGUCUUCAAUGGCUUCUUACUCCGUCAGGCUCCACAAUCUCCUCUCUUCCCCGCUCCGACCACGAUCAUCACCAUCUUCUUCCCAUGGAGUUUCAUUUCAACCACUCCCUCCCUCUACAGCCUUCAUUUCAUCCCCGCUUCUGCUCUCUUCUCCUCCCGCGCCUCCUACAAUUACCUCCCACUCUACCGCCAUCAAAGCCUCCUCCUCUCCCGCCAUUGUUGCCGGCUCUCAAGGUUUCAAGAUUGAUUUGAUUCCGACCAAGCCGAUAGAGGGCCAGAAAACUGGAACCAGUGGUCUCCGAAAGAAGGUGAAAAUAUUUAUGCAGGAAAAUUACCUUGCGAAUUGGAUCCAGGCGCUGUUCGAUUCCUUGGCACCAGAGGAUUACAAAAAUGGGCUGUUGGUUUUGGGGGGCGAUGGUCGCUAUUUUAAUAAAGAAGCUGCACAGAUUAUUAUCAAAAUUGCUGCAGGAAAUGGUGUUGGAAAAAUAUUGGUUGGAAAGGAAGGUAUUUUGUCGACACCAGCUGUUUCUGCUGUUAUACGAAAGAGGAAGGCCAAUGGAGGAUUUAUAAUGAGUGCAAGUCACAAUCCUGGUGGGCCUGAAUAUGACUGGGGUAUUAAGUUUAAUUACAGCAGUGGGCAGCCUGCACCUGAAUCAAUAACAGACAAAAUAUAUGGGAACACUCUUUCUAUCUCUGAAAUAAAAUUAGCUGAUAUUCCCGAUGUUGACCUCUCUUGUCUUGGAGAAAUUAAUCAUGGGAGCUUCAGUGUUGAAGUUGUGGAUCCUGUUUCUGACUAUUUGGAGCUGAUGGAGAAUGUAUUUGAUUUUCCACUCAUAAAAAGUCUGCUUUCACGUUCGGAUUUCAGGAAUCAAUUUCUAAUGGAGUGCCUCUAGAAGAUUUUGGGCACGGACAUCCGGAUCCUAAUCUUACGUAUGCUAAGGAUUUGGUCGACAUUUUGUUCAGUGAGGACGCACCUGAUUUUGGAGCUGCCAGUGAUGGAGAUGGUGAUAGGAACAUGAUACUGGGUAGGGGUUUUUUUGUUACUCCUUCAGAUUCUGUUGCAAUUAUUGCAGCUAAUGCACAGGAAGCGAUUCCAUAUUUCAAGAAUGGUCCCAAGGGGCUAGCUCGUUCUAUGCCAACAAGUGGUGCACUUGAUCGUGUUGCUGCAAAGCUUAGUCUGCCAUUUUUUGAGGUUCCAACUGGCUGGAAAUUCUUUGGUAACCUUAUGGAUGCUGGGAAACUGUCAAUAUGUGGGGAGGAGAGUUUUGGAACAGGUUCCGAUCAUAUCCGAGAGAAGGAUGGCAUAUGGGCUGUGCUGGCUUGGCUUUCUAUAAUUGCAUUCCGAAACAAAGACAAGAAAAUAGGAGAGAAGUUGGUCUCAGUAUCAGAUGUUGUGAGGGAACAUUGGGCUACUUAUGGAAGGAACUUCUUUUCAAGAUAUGACUAUGAAGAAUGCGAGUCUGAAGGUGCUAAUAAAAUGAUAAAUCACCUUAGAGAUCUCAUCAGUAAGAGCAAGUCUGGUGACAGAUAUGGAAGUUAUGUCCUCCAAUUUGCAGAUGACUUUUCAUAUACUGAUCCAGUUGACGGAAGUGUGGCAUCAAAACAAGGUGUUCGCUUCGUUUUUUCAGAUGGAUCAAGGAUAAUAUACCGUUUAUCCGGAACAGGUUCAGCAGGGGCAACUGUAAGAAUAUACAUUGAGCAGUUUGAACCGGAUGUUUCUAAACAUGACUUGGAUGCCCAGACAUCUUUAAAACCAUUAAUCGAUCUGGCAUUGUCUUUGUCUAAGUUGGAGGAGUUCACUGGAAGGGAUAAACCUACAGUAAUCACUUAAGGGGAAAAUCUCAUGAUCUAUAGACUGGCCCGGAUUCCACAACAUGGAGGUCUAUAUCAUACAAGUUGGUGAAAUAAUCCAAAGAAGGUUUCCCGAUACAUUCACUCUACAAGUUAAAAACAAAAUCAUUGCUUGAGAACACAACCAAGAACAAGUUCUUGUCAUUCAAAACAUGUAGUACUUGUCCUCUGCCUAUAUUAACAGUAGGCUUGAAAAACUGACAGUUACUUAGUGCAUGUAUUUGGACUAGCUCUCGUUCACUUGUUUCUUCCAGCUGUUUGGUAUUGCAAACUUUUCUAUUUGACAGCCAUGACAAUCCUACCUAGAACAUGGUUAUGGCCCCUUCUCUUUUAGGUUGCUAGAGUAACCUAUUAAAAUACAAGGCAUCAUUAUAAUUGUCUUCAAUUAGGGCUGAGCUUAAGAUUGUUUGUUGACCCAUUUCGAGUAUCAUCAAAUGGAAGGAGGCCAUGAUUUCAUUCA